AUGUUCAAGUUCUGUUCACAAUUGAUUUUGGGCUUAUCUUUGCUUUUCGCCCUCCUUGCGGAACCAACCAAUGCUCGGCUAACUGCUGGUCACCGUCAUUUGAAGAGUUGUGAAGAGAGCCAAGGUCUGUAUGGUCGAUGCUGUGGUUUCGAUCUUUCUGCUUGCUCCUGUCCCAUCCGAGAAUACGAAGGAUUUGGUGAUUUCAUCGUGAAAUAUCUGUGGGAUUCUGCAUGCAGCAAGCUGGAAGGAAAGAUUGCGGAAUGCAGUUUGACUGUUGGAAACAUCACAGCCCCAGUGGAUUCUGUGGUCGGUACCGCUGGAGCACCAUGA